AUGAGAAGUGUAAAUGGAUUUCUCUUUUUCACCGGUUCGGUUGCAAGCUUUUCUGUUGGCGUUCUUGACGUCUGCCUUUCUAUUGCUCUUUUAGGCGUGAAAACGAGGCAUGGAUCCAUCGGCGUCACAGGCCGCGUCAAAUCAGGCGAUUGCUCCAGUUACAAGCCAGAAUACAACACGAAGUCCAUCGCGAUGUAUGCACUUGAGGCAAAUCUCUCCGUUGGCCUGAUCACCACCACGCGGAUAACACAUGCAACGCCCAGUGGACUGUAUGGGCAUGUGCCACAUCGAUCAUGGGAAUACGAUGAGUAUGCAACCAAUGGCUAA